GCCUCUGGAGGUUAGCCCGGCUUCAACCAAAGCCAUGGAUGCCAAACAGAUGUUGCAUAUGAACCAAGGAGAAGGAGAAACUAGCUAUGCUCGAAACUCCAGUAUGCAGGGUGCUGAGCAGAACAGGAUGAAGCCCCUGAUAGAAGCGGCGAUCGUUGAUGUAUGCAGCAACACCAGCACCUUGUCACAUGGAAAUAUGGUGAUUGCGGACUGCUGCUCCUCUGGCCCAAACGCAGUAGCACUGGUGUCGAUUGCCCUCGAGGCCACCCACAGGCACUUUCUUCAGUUGCGGCAGCCACCUCCGGAAGUCUGUAUACUCCUCAAUGAUCUCCCAUACAAUGACUUCAACAUAGUGGUGAAGAACCUGGUCCCGCUGCGGCAAAUCAAUUUCGCUGGUGAUGUGUUCGGUGGCACCACUGUCGACGUACCAGUCGGUGUCGACGCCAUAGGAGUCAUCCGCAGCAGCAGCCACCUUGUCCUCGUCUUGGGAGUCAUCAUCAUCCUCGUCAUAGCGAUAGCAGUAGUCACGGGCGCUGUGCCCGAGCUUGCCACAGAUCUGGCAGCGCGGCGCAUCAGGGCGCGCUCGGUUGGAGCCGCGGCCACCACUGCCACCGCGUCCCUUGGAGUUGGUGGAGGGGGAACGGCCGGCGCAAGGAGUGCACUUAAACAUCUAUCUCUAUCUAUCCCUAUGUCAGGUACAAUGCUACGUUUAACAGUGACCGGUGUUGUACCAGGGUCAUUCUACGAGAGACUCUUCCCUAGUGGAUCCUUGCAUCUUGUCUGCUCAUCCAACAGCCUUAAUUGGCUCUCAAAGGCUCCUGAAGAUUUAAGGAUUAACCAAAUCCCGGCAUAUGACAUCGACGAGCAUGUCAGGCAUGAAAGACUCGCGGUGGUAGCUGGAGCUUAUGCAAGGCAGUUUAGGAAAGAUUUUACACUUCUCUUGCAGCUGAGAGCCAAAGAAUUGGCCCCAGAAGGCAGGAUGGUUGUUUCCAUCCCGGGGAGGCGUUGUGAUGAACUCAUCAACGAAAUCGAUCUCACAUCUGGAACUGUAGCUCAGAUUUUAGCCAUCAUGGCCUCAGAGGGUGUGGUUGACAAAGCAAAGUUUGAUUCUUUCGACAUGCCGAUUUAUGGACCAUCCCAAAGAGAGCUAAGAGAGAUCAUCCAGGAAGAGGGCUCCUUCUCAAUCACAGAGAUGCGGGUACACGACCUUACAAGCGGGAUGGACAGCACGUUCCUCACCCCAAACAGGGUGGCGAAUAGUAUGAGAGCUGCACUUGAGCCGAUAAUAAACCAGCAUUUUGGAUCCUCCGGAGAGGUCAUGGAUGAAUUUGUGAGGACCGCCGAGAAGCACCUGAGCGGUCAAGGCAGCUCGCAUGUCAAUCCUGUGCGUUAGGCGAAAGCGUCUUACCUCAUCGAGAGGGGACGCGGUGCAUGUUUAUAGGCAGGGGCGCACCUCCCUGGAUAGCGCAUACAGUUGGGAGAUUACAACUUGAGGGAGAAGAAAGAUAGAGAUAAGAGUAUAUGGUUACAUAUCUUUAGUCUAUAUGAGCCUCUAUCCUAUCUUGUAUGAGUGUCCAAUAUUCCUUUUUUUGUGUCAAACAAUGUUAAGCUUAGUGUUUCUUCGACACCUCUUUAGUCUAUACAUACAAAGUUUACCUCCAGCUCUUUCUUCAGAUAAUCCACUCUACUCCUUGAUUGUACUGAAAGUUUUGGCCUUCUGCAUGGUGUGUAUGCUCUGACAUAUGGACAGAGUAUCAGGAAAUUCUCCCCGUAAGCUUGUUUGAUGAAAGAUCUAGAUGGGUGAGCGAUGUGAUGCUGCCAAGCUGAGUAGGUAUGUCACCCUGAAUAUUGUUCGAGCUAAGGUUCAAAGUCGAGAGUUGUUGCAAGUUCCCUAUGUUAGAUGGUAUGGGGCCUUCAAAUUUAUUGUUUCCUAGAUCAAGAUCGAUCAAGUGAGUAAGCUGGCCAAGGAACGAUGACAAUGGCCCAAUGAAGCUAUUCAUUUGCAGGUUAAGGUGUUUUAACUUUAUUAGCUUCCCAAUCCAUUCUUCAACUGUACCAGUUAAAUUGUUAUUGCCAAGUCCUAAAAAAGUUAAGUUCCUUAGGUUCCCUAUGCUUGGCGGAACCGUGCCCGAAAGCUCGUUUCCACCAAGAUAUAGAUAAUCGAGGAUACUGGACAAGUUACCUAUCGUGUUUGGUAUAGCUCCGUGUAGCUGAUUUUCAGCUAGUGACAACCAUUCAAGACUAGUGCAGUUUGUUAACGCACUGAAGAAUUCCCAGCUUUGGAUGUCAAUAGCUUCAAGAUUGUUAUUCCGAAGGUUUAACACAUACAUGUUUGAAAGUUUGCCCAAAGAGCUCGGAAUUUCGCCAGUUAAAUUGUUGGUUUCUAACUGUAUCCUUCCCAGCCCCGAAACAUUGCCCAGUGAAGCCGGAAUUCGACCUUCAAACACGUUGGUAUUCAAAAAAAGCUCUUGGAGGUUUGGUAGGGCAUCUCCUAUAUUAGGUGGCAGUUGCUUGCUUAGCAUAUUCGACUCCAAGCCUAGUACUUGAAGAGAUUUAGAAAGGUUGAAGAGACACCGUGGGAAUCCACCUGACAACCUAUUUCCUCCUAGGGACAACUUCCUCAUAUUUGUCAGUUUCCCAAGCUCAUCAGGAAUACUUCCAGUUAGAUUAUUGUAGGCAAGGACAAGUCUUUGUAUGCUCGUGAUGUUUCCGAGGGUUGGUGGGAUGAUCCCGGUGAGCUUGUUCCGAGAAAGUCGUAAAUGUGAGAGGUUGUAAAGGAGGCUUAAUUUUGGAGGGAUUUCGCCUACCAAGAUGUUUGUAGCUAGGUCCACUAUCCUUAAGCUGGAACAGUUGGUGAUUGCAUCUGGGAUACUAUCCUGCAACUGGUUGACGCUUAGGUCGAGGACUUGGAGUUUCUGCAGAUGGUUCAGAGGAGGUAAUCGGCCAGAAAAACCAUUUGUGGAUAGGUUCAGGGUUCUGAGGAAUGUAAGGUUCCCAAUGGAAGAGCUGAUUUGGCCAGCCAGGUUUAGGCCAACGAGUUGGAGAGCCACCACGCGCCCUAGAUGUGCUCGGCUGCAUCUCACUCCCGGCCACAAGCAGUGAUUGGCGCUGGAGUUCCAAGAGCUGAACCAUCCAGAGGGAUCAGAAAUGAUCUCUUGUCUGAAAGCUUGCAGCCAGAGCACAUCCGUGCUGUUGUCAGGGAGCGUUGCACAAUUGAUUUUGAUAGCACCCAAUAGAAGCAACGGUAGUGUCAAUAGUAUGAGCACGCCGGGGUUUCCGGGUCGCUUGGGACACGUUGACAC